GGUCUUUAUCUGUGUCCCUGUGCCUCUCUCCGUCGCUUGGUGCCCCUUUCUCUCUACCCCUUGUUCACCGUUGUGAGCCAAGGUACGGUCAUUGGGGCUUAAGGGACUACAAACGUGAAAGCAUCGACGAAACAUACACUGAGAGUGGCCGGCUGCACUCAGCACUCUACGAGGCCUAGCCAGAGGGGACUCUCGCCAUGCCGCACGACUACUCAGCUGAUGUGUGUGGGAUCGUCCUAUACACCCUAUUCUUUGGACUUGUAUGCGUCCGGACUCGCCCUUUCCUGACGGAUCGGCGUUCUCUAUCGUCGACAGACCGCAUCAAGCUGGCUUUCCACGUGUGCAUCAACACCUCGGCUCUACUCGAAAUCGUGCACUACGCAAUCGAGCUUGCCUUUCGGGGCUCGGUGCUGUCCGGCUACGCUUGCCACCUGGUUGGGCUGUGGCUGAGUCUGGUAUCGUUCAGCCUUGUAAUCGUCCUCUGGAGCAACACGCUUUACCCACCGGCUGCUGCCAGACAACAGCAGAGAAACGCUCAGGGGGGCACCGCGGCGAACGGCGGCGGCAGCGAUGAUGAGCCGGCCGGAUGGAGGUGCUGCGGAAAGACGAGGAUAUCGGUUGCCGCCAAGUUCGUGUGCGCGAUCGAUGCCAUCGUGGCCCUCGCGACGGUGGUGGUGCUAUGGACCGGAAGCGUUCCCGCGUACUCCAGGCCCUACCUGAUCCUGAUGGUAACCCACAGCGUGACGCUUUUCCUCUUGGCCUCGUGGCUUGUGCUUUACGGCAUCCGCCUGCAAAGACGCGUCAUGGGCCACCCGCGGUGGGAGCCGCUCGAUCGUCGGCAACGGCUAAAGAUCCUGUGCCGCAUCAACGGAGUGCUGGUGGUUUGCGCGGCUUGUUUUCUCGUGCGCGUGGCCGUGCUGUCGUCGGCCCUGUUCGUGCGCUCCCGGCACAGGGCGGAGGACAUGAACAGGUUGCUGUUCGAAGUGUUGGCGAGGUGGGUGUCCGGGCUGAUCCCCGGGGUGGCCCUCCUGCACAUCAUGUGCAAAGCCAAGAAGCCCGGGGAAGAUCGGCCGCCGCCGGAUCAAAUGAGGCUUAGCGUGGUCAACGAGGACCAACCGUUGAACGAGCCGCUUCUACCGACACACCACGGGGGGGGGGGCUACGUCAGCAUGGCCAAGAAGAAGCCCAACGGCAGCGCCGGCCGAGGGACGUCGUCGAACAGCCGUAGCGGGGAACGGGUAGGGAGAAGGGGCGGAGCGGGAGGGGCGAACGAGGGGCAGGCGGCUGGGAACGAAGAAGGGAACGACAGCUUUGCGUACCAGAUUGUGAGGUCUCAGAGGGAGAGGACAGAAACGACCAUCUGAAGCACGCUCGGGAGGUCUGCGUCGUCUCCGCUGUAUAUACUGUCAUGUCGGGGUGUCAUCCGAUACUGGCAUAUGCCUAGACGUUUGGUGAUGGGUAGUGCGCAAGCAUUGCGUGGUUUUCGGGGGGGAAAGGGCAGUGGGGAACCGGGAGAGCGGGGGAUGAUAUGUCUGUGUAUGGCCUGUUUUGACAAGCGUGUAGCUUGUAGACGGGCGUUCUUUCUUUGUUUACAUAGGUUGCUGUAUGUGCUUCACUAGUAAUGCUCAUCCCUCAGGAUGCGGAUAGACCCAGAGUGUUGGCUCUCGGUGUUGAAAGCUGUAGAGCCGCGGCCGGCCGUUGUUUGGUUGCGAGUCUGUCCUCUACCAAAUUUAGUCGUAGUGGCUGCCCUGAACAAUGUAUAUUUUUUAGGGUCAGCCUAAGUCACACGCACAUUUUGCUGGCACGCACAGCGUUGGUAAUAGGGUGCACAAUGCUCAUGUAAUACACUUGCGAGUGUGGAUGGAGUAGCGGGGAUGCGUGAUAAGAGU